AUGAUGACCAUCCCUCCAAACCGCACCCCGCAGACGGACCCCUUCACCCUAUCGGCCUGGGUGCUGAGCCAGCAGCACCUGACCGCCCCCAAUGCCAAGGGCCGGCUCACUGUCCUCCUCAACGCCAUCACCGUGGGGUGCAAGUUUGUCGCCUCGGCCGUGCGCAAGGCUGGCCUGGCAGGGAACGACGUGCUGGGCAUGGCCGGGUCCAGCAAUGUGCAGGGCGAGGACCAGAAGAAGCUGGACCUGGUGGCCAACGAGGUGUUCAAAAACGUGCUGGCGCGCACGGGUCAGUGCGCGGUGCUGGUGACGGAGGAGGAGGAGGAGCCCAUCUUCAUCCGGCCCGAGCAGCGCGGCGAGUACUGCGUGGUGUUCGACCCGCUGGACGGCUCCUCCAACAUCGACUGCGGCGUCUCCAUCGGCACCAUCUUCGGCAUCUACAAGGUCGCACCCGGGAGCGAGGGCAGCCUGGCGGACGUGCUGCGCCCGGGGCGCGACAUGGUGGCCGCGGGGUACUGCAUGUACGGCUCCAUGACCUACCUCAUGCUCAGCACGGGGCGGGGCGUGUCGGGUUUCACCCUGGACCCCUCCCUGGGCGAGUUCGUAGCCACACACCGCGACCUGGUCAUGCCCCCGCGCGGCUCCAUCUACUCCAUCAACGAGGGGAACGCGGCGAUGUGGGACGCCGCCACCAGCGCCUACGUGGCGGAGAAGAAGCGGCCGCCGGGGGGGGGGAAGCCCUACUCCCUGCGCUACGUCGGCUCCAUGGUCGCCGACGUGCACCGCACCCUCCUCUACGGCGGCGUCUUCCUGUACCCCGCCGACGCCAAGAACACCAAAGGCAAGCUGAGGCUGCUGUACGAGGGCUACCCCAUGGCCUACCUCAUCGAGCAGGCGGGGGGGCGCGCCAUCGACGAGCGCUGCGAGCGCCUUCUGCUGCGAGAGCCGGAGGACAUCCACGACCGCGCGCCCGUGUACCUGGGCAGCUGCGAGGAUGUGGACGACAUCGAGCGCCACUACAAGGAGCAGGGCCUGUGA